CAUGAUUGACAAGAUCACAAUCACCUUCCAAUAGCCCAUGUUCAUCCACAUGGGUACGUGCGCAUCAAGAUGCAGUCUUCCGUGCUGCAAGCCAUACACGGUCUUCUUGUCCUUCUUACGUCGAGGCCCUAGUAGCGCAAUUGCUGCCAAGAACAGCACAGUCGCAGCAGAGCCUUGCUUGGUUAUUUGCUCGUUGCCCUUCGGAUGCAAUGUCGACCACGGCACUGACAGUAGCAGGGCAAGAAGCAGAGGCAGUCCAGAGUACUUCAAAAGCUUCUUGUGUUGGACUUCAAACAGCCUCUUGCCAUCGCUUCGUCGUUCCCCGUAGUUCCAGAUGCUUAUAACGACCGAGACAAGGAAAGACAUCUGCAACGAAAGAGACAGAGCUUCGAGUGUCGCCCAUUGUUUGCUGUCGCGUUUCCAGUGUGCGGUGACGAUGUUGGGCAUUUGCUCGGUGAACCGUAGCGAUGUGUACCACCAUAGCACAGAUAGAGCUGCGCCUUUGAAGAUGCGCAGAAUCAUGAAGGCGUGGUGUU